GAAAUAGUCGAGCCUGCAUUGUUAGUUGUCAGAGGAGCUGAUUACACCAACAACUCAUUUGUACUUCAUUUUCGCUGCACUACAAUGAGCCAUAAUGGCGGUCGACGUGUCUCAAUUUGUUGUAAAGACAAUUUCUCUCCUAAGUUUAGAAAGGAAAGCUGAAAUCGAGGAGACAAAAUCUCUUCAAGAGAAUGUCAGUCCAAAGGAGCUUCAAAGAAGGGGCGUUUGUCUGUUGAAACUUCGUAUCCGAAGCCGAAGGACGGGCUUGUAUGGACGACUUCUUCUGACCUUCGAGAUAAAUAAGCCUGGCUCUGAUGGCAAACUCCCGACACAUUCUUUAACACCUGGAGACAUAGUGGGACUUAGUUGGUUGAAUUCCAAUCAAGCAGCAAGUGAUAUUGCCUCUGGAAUUGUAAGCCGUGUUUCCCAGACAGUUGUUACUGUAGCAUUUGAUGAAACAGCUGACAACCUCAGUUUUGAUGAUGAUGGUCCAUUUAAACUAAUCAAAUUGGCAAAUGAUGUAACUCACAAAAGAAUCAAGAGUGCCCUUGACACCUUAACAAAGUACAGAGAGGGGCCAGCUGCUCAUUUGAUUGAUGUACUGUUUGGGAAUGUACCUCCUGGACCUCCGUUACAAAUCAGACCCUUCACAGAAGGAGGAGAGAUGCCAUGCAUCUUCUUCAAUCAAAGUCUUGAUGAUUCACAGAGGCAAGCAGUUAGGUUUGCAUUGUGUCAGAGAGAAGUGGCCAUAAUUCAUGGUCCACCUGGGACUGGGAAAACUACAACUGUUGUUGAGAUUAUCACUCAGGCUGUGAAAAAUCUUAACAUGAAGGUAUUAGCUUGUGCGCCUUCAAAUGUUGCUGUUGACAACAUGGUUGAAAAAUUGAUUAAAGGCAAAGUUAAGGUUGUGAGGAUUGGUCACCCUGCUCGACUGCUGAGUGUUGUUCAGGAUCAUUCCUUAGAUGCUUUGCUGUCUACUUCUGAAGGAACAGCCAUUGUGCAAGAUGUCAGAAAAGACAUUGAUGAUACACUGUCAAAAGUAAGAAAAUCAAGGAGUCAAUCAGAAAAGAAGCACCUCAAACAAGAAAUAAAAUCUCUACGAGGAGAGCUGAAGCAAAGAGAGGAUAAAGCUGUCACAGAAAUUCUUACCAGCGCUGAUGUUGUCCUGGCAACCAAUACUAGUGCGUCAUCUGAUGGUCCCCUUAAACUUGUCAAGCAAGACCACUUUGAUUUGGUUGUUAUUGAUGAGGCUGCGCAAUCUCUUGAGGCUGGCUGCUGGAUACCUUUAUUACGGGCGUCAAGGUGUGUUCUUGCAGGUGAUCAUCUUCAGUUACCUCCCACAAUAUUAUCCAAGAAAGCGGCCAAACAAGGGUUAGAUGUCACUUUAAUGGAGAGGCUCAUAAAAAUGCUGGGAGAUGGAGCCGUGCGCAUGUUAACAACGCAGUACAGAAUGAAUGAGGCGAUUAUGAAGUGGUCGUCUGAAAAACUGUACGAUGGUCGACUUAACGCAGACAGCUCUGUGAAUUCACAUCUUUUAAAAGAUCUUCCUGGAGUUCAAGAAACAGACGAGACGUCAAUUCCACUUCUUUUGAUUGACACCGCGGGAUGUGACGUCAGAGAAAAGGAGGUGGAAGAUGAAGUGUCAAAAGGGAAUGAAGGCGAGGCUGACAUUGUCGCUGCGCAUGUCAUGGCGCUUAUGACGGCUGGGCUCCAGCCUAAUGACAUCGCCGUCAUUGCACCUUACAACUUACAGGUGGAGCUACUCAGAUUGCGUCUCUCUUCCAAGUAUCCAGCGUUGGAAAUCAAAUCUGUGGAUGGUUUUCAAGGAAGAGAGAAGGAAGCUGUUGUUAUAUCACUGGUUCGUUCGAACAAAAAGGGUGAAGUUGGUUUUCUCGCCGAACACAGACGAAUUAACGUUGCAAUUACUCGAGCUCGUCGCCAUCUGGCUGUUGUUGCUGAUUCCGAGACUGUCAAUCAUGAUAACUUUCUAAAAUCCCUAGUGGAGUACAUGAGCAGCGAAGGAGAGGUGCGAUCGGCUCAUGAAUAUCUCCAGGAUUCACUUCCAACUAGUGUUAACUGUUACACGUACGAGCAGGACGAAGUUUCCAUGUCCGAAAUGACAGGUAAUGAAUGGAAAAAAAAGGGCACAGGAGAAACAAGACCCGAUUCUAAAGAACGAGAUGUAAAAGGAGAAAAGAACUUGAAAUCAAAAGAUAAUUCUGAAAGCGGAGAGGGCACAAGGAAAUUAGAAUUCAGCGGAGCUGAGGAGAAAAAAGAUGUUUCAUCGGUUGUUUCUGAUAAAGCAUCCAAUCUUACCGAAGAAAACAACGAACAAAUUUCUGGAAAGAAUGUAAAAAAAAUGAAGCAAGAAAAAAGUAAAAAUAUCAGUAGUGCGGUUACGAAUUACAGCCGUGAAAAUGUUGAAAAAGAAAUUGUAGCUUUCACUCAGGAUGCUACGAAGAAGGAGUUGAUUUUCCCGAAGUCGCUGAGCUCACAACAGAGGUUUGAUGUUCACAGUAUUGCAGAGAAGUUGUCUCUCUGUCAUGAAAGCCAUGGAGAGGGAAAGGAGAGGUAUAUCGUGGUUAGAAAAGUAAUAUCAGCUUCAAAAGGUUUGUUUUUACCCAUCCUUUUGCCAACUUUAUUUGACAAGUUUAAAUUAAAUAAGUGUGUUUAUGCGAUAGUAGUUUUGCAAUGCACUGCGGGAAACUUUGACACACUCUCAAAAAUCCACGUCUGGAAAUCAAUGCGAGGUUUCUGAUUGGUGGUUAAAUUCGUGCGAAAAUUUCAACUUAAGCGAUUGCAAAUCAGAAUUUUUCACAGGCUACUUUUCGAUGAAGGGUCGCUAACCAAGACUAAAUUGAUUAAAAUAGCCGAUUAAAGCGCAUUGUAGGCAUAAGUAAACUGCUAGAAGCGCGAGUAAACGCGAAUGACCAGCUCGCGAUUGGUCAGUUUUAUUUUUGCUUCUAAUUGGCUGAGAUAGAAUGAACCAAGUGAAACACAUCCAAGGUAUUUCUGGGAUACUUUUGACGCCAAAGAAAAAUGUACCUUACAUUGCUGAUUUUGUUUGUGAGGCUUGUAUUAAUUUUGCCACCAAAUUUCGAGCAGAGUGCA